AUGAACCAUAAAAGUUAUGAUGAUGAUGAUGAUGAUGAUGAUGAUGAUGAUGAUGAUGAUGAUGAUGAUGAUGAUGAUGAUGAUGAUGAUGAUGAUGAUGAUGAUGAUGAUGAUGAUGAUGAUGAUGAUGAUGAUGAUGAUGAUGAUGAUGAUGAUGAUGAUGAUGAUGAUGAUGAUGAUGAUGAUGAUGAUGAUGAUGAUGAUGAUGAUGAUGAUGAUGAUGAUGAUGAUGAUGAUGAUGAUGAUGAUGAUGAUGAUGAUGAUGAUGAUGAUGAUGAUGAUGAUGAUGAUGAUGAUGAUGAUGAUGAUGAUGAUGAUGAUGAUGAUGAUGAUGAUGAUGAUGAUGAUGAUGAUGAUGAUGAUGAUGAUGAUGAUGAUGAUGAUGAUGAUGAUGAUGAUGAUGAUGAUGAUGAUGAUGAUGAUGAUGAUGAUGAUGAUGAUGAUGAUGAUGAUGAUGAUGAUGAUGAUGAUGAUGAUGAUGAUGAUGAUGAUGAUGAUGAUGAUGAUGAUGAUGAUGAUGAUGAUGAUGAUGAUGAUGAUGAUGAUGAUGAUGAUGAUGAUGAUGAUGAUGAUGAUGAUGAUGAUGAUGAUGAUGAUGAUGAUUACUUAACUUAA